AUGGAAGGAGACAACAUUGUGCCUCGAAUACUUGGCUUACCGGCUGAGCUAAUUCAGAACGUACUCCAGUUUUUAGAACCGACAUGUUUGGUUGAUGUAGCACUAACAUGCCGCUUUCUUCGCAAUCACGCCUUUAGUGACUCUCUGUGGCAACAGCACGUCAAUGAUCAGAUUCCAGAUACUCUGACCAGUGCUGCUCCUCUACCAUCAUUUCGGGAUUUAUACAUCACUCAUCAUCCUUACUGGUUUCUAUGCCGACACAAGAUCUGGUUCUCGGAUAGUGAGCCGAACGGGAAACUUCUAAUCGCUCGCUAUGAUCCACGUCGAGGAUGUAUCGAGGCGUAUGCCGUAGUCGCCGAGCCAGGCAUCCGUAAAUUCGAGCAUUGGGAGCAUGACGAAGAUGUCUCAAUCCAUACUUUCAAUCCGAAAGUGCAACUGGACCUCAAUUCACCGGUACUCAAGCUCGACCCCGGGAACCCUCGUACUCAGGUUCGUCUUCCUGAGGACGACGAUGAUGACCAAGGCGACCAAUCUCUACCCCUACUCUCACGCGAAAUCAUGAUGGAUUGCUCUGCUCCACCUGGACUUUAUACCUCUUUCAUGCUCGCUCGCGAUCUUCCCGAAAUAGCAAUCGGUCCUGGGACUCGAGUAUGGCCGCCUUUGAAAGUUCCUGCAAUUUCCCGAACACGCAAUGCAUCAGCCCGAGCAUUUCAAGCACUAUCACACAGACCAUCAACGCUGGAUGAAGUCAGUCAAAAUACAUUCCGACUAAGGAAGUGGGUUGAGUUCUCCGGCCGCCGUCAUAGCAGCUCGAUAAUGGCCUUGGGUGCUGCCGAGCGCAUUCACAAUGCUCUUGGCUUUGGUGGCUUCGCUCCAACUCUGAUGCAUGCUGGUGGGCACGGUAUGACGGUCCGAAUGGGCGAAGAAGUAUCAACGUAUGCAACACUGCCACAGAGUUGCUAUGUGCCUACCAAAGAGAAGCCUUGGCAGGGCAUCUGGUGUGGUGAUUAUAGCGGACAUGGCUGUGAAUUUCUCCUUGUCUUGCAACCAGAGAAAGAUGAAGAGAUCGCAUUGCCUGAUGGAAUGAAUCACAUGCUCGAAUGGCUGGCCACAGGCUAUUACCGCCGCCAAAGCAACAGCUCACAGAGCAGUGACAGCAGUUACGCGAGUGCUCAGGAAGACCAAAAUGCCGGUUCCAGCCUGUCAUCUCCCUACGAAUAUUCAGCGCCGGCCACGUCUAGUUCGGAAGGGCCAGAUAUCUACACUGGACGUAUCGAGGCUAUCAAGCUGACAGGCGACCCCAACGUACCACGAGGAGAAUAUACAUUCAUUGCUCCUGACAUCAGUGAGGGCGGACUCGUACGAAUUGCAGACGAAGCUGCAUUUAGGGGCGCAAGAGUUGUCAGAAGUGCUGGACAUAUUGCAGGAGUGGGCUUUGCACAUGAUGAAUACAUGCCUUCACAGCUCAUUCUGAUAUCCCCCGACUGCCUGGCACAACACUGGAUAGAGUUUGGACACAUCUCCUACUACCGCCGUGUCGACGUUGAUAGUCUUUGUCAGAUAUCACAAGGUGCUGGAGGACCUCGCGUCCCAAGACCUCGAUUCGAUCAAUCUUCGUAA